GGGAGAGGUGACAUAGUAGAUUAUCCUCCUCUCCUCGCCUCCUCUCUGCCAUUCUCAUCAUGUUCAUGCUGCAGAUGUUGACUGUUAUCUCUCUGACUGUUAUUCUCCUGGCAUCUGUGGAAGGUAAUGGCGUGCAGAUGCAAAGAGAUGUCCAGUGCUGCAUGUUGUACUCCCAGGGCAAGGUGCGUACCAAGGAUGUCUUGCGGUUUGAGGUGCAGACGGAGGGGCCAGACUGCAGUAUACAAGCCAUCAUUCUUUACACGAAGAAGGCGGUGAAGUGUGCAGACCCCAGAGACCGGAAGGUGAAGAGGUUGCUGAGAAAGCUCCUGCAGAGACAGAGAACCAAGGACCACCGAACCAUGUGGCUUCUUCCUCAUGACAACCUGCCCGUCAUGUCAGAGGACAAGAAAAAUAACUGGGCGGUUCUCAAUGUGGAGUGAUAGAGCGCCGUCAGAUAUGGAGGAAAACUCAUAGUCAUAAGCCAAGUAAACUUUCAGCAGCUCGUCAUUUUACAAGGCACAGCUUGCUGGCUCUCCAGUCGUCUCGUGUCUCCCUCUAUCUACACUAUCUGUCUCCCUGGGACCAGACCUGGGCAGCAAUACAUUUAAAUGGCUUUAGAUAUUUAAACAUGAACUGUGCUUGAAAUAUUCUCAAACACGUGGCUGGAUCAGUCUCAAAAGAGGUGUAUUUACUUGUAAGAUAAGUUGAAUUGAUUUCUUUUUGUUUUUAUGGCUCAUACUGUUAUUUGCCAGAGUUUGCCUGGAAAAGUCCCACUCUGCAACAUUACUUCUCGUGAGUGAUGUGAAAAAGGUGUAAUUAAGCAAACGAUAAACAAGCAGUGAUUUUAUUGUAUAUGAUAUAAGAUACUCUAUGCUUAUUUGUGACUUGUAUACCUUCGGUAUCGUGUUUAUAACACUGCACACACUGUUAGACAGGUGAAAUCAAAGUGGGAUCAGAGAGAAGAUUUCACCUGGAUACAACUUCCUGUGUCACAUAAAGAGCAAAUGUUCCUGAUAUUUUGUCCACUCUAUGUAUCGACUGUUGAAAACCCAUAAAACCCCAGUCAAUCUUUGUAAAUGAGGCCUUCGGGCAUCUAUCAGAGAUUUAAAUGUCUUAGCAUUUGCAGUUUACGUUUGUCCUUUCCACCAAUAGUCCGUCACUAAACUAUGCCAAAGUAUUCAUGAUUCAAUUCAUCACAUGGCAAGGCUGUUAAAACUUAGAGGGCUCAAUUGUGUGUGCAGCACACAAGUAUUGUAUUGUAGAAGAAUGCUGUAUGUUAUCUCAAGUGAACUAUUUUAUAAAUUAAUCUGAAAUAAUAACUGGAGCUGCCUCACUGUCUUUUUCUGUGUAUCUUCUGUGUCUGCGUGUGCAAAUGCAGCUGAAGUAGAUAUAGAUAGAUAGAUAGUUGAAGAAAGAAAUAAACUUACAGGCAGUUAUAGCAGAUAGGUACUGGUGGCUCAAGAGCAAAGAAACAUAUAGCGAAAUUACAACAAUCUGAAAACUGACUGGGUUGAUGAGGAAAUUAAGUGCAGGUGAUGAGAUGGGCGGGGACACUCAGGUGAGAAGAAUGAGGCGAUUACUAGGCAGAUCAAAUCAGAGAGUUCUUUCCGAUAGUUGGGCUUAUCCAUCCUUAAGUGUACUUUUGGGUUUAGUGCUAAUUAGUAAAUGUUAGCAUAACACACGCAAAACUAAACCAAUGAGCAUGGUAAACAUUGUAUAUUUUGUAUAUGUAAAAUGUCAUGUAUAUUUAUAUAUAUUAUGUUUGCAUUGUUACUGUGAGCACUUGUAGCAUGCUGUCGUUAUAGCACUUAGCCCAAAGCACCGCUGUGUAGCCUCACAGAGCUGCUAGCAUGGCUACAGCCUUGUUAUGAACCAACAAGUUAGAAAAAGGGGGUUUAAAACCUUGUUUACGUUAAGUAAAUACAUGAAAGCAUUAUCUAUG